AUGGCACAACCCAUACCCAUUGUGACCCGUCCUGGUCCUGGGGCAACGUUCACUCUCCCUCUCGCAUCUCCAGCUUUCACUCAAUCGCCCUCUUCAGCCCCCGCGAGUACGCUCAAUUCCCCUCUGCCUCUAUCUUCUGCCCAACUCCGGAGGUCUUCGUAUGGGAGUUCUUACGGCUGGAGCCCGGGUCGGGAAGACUCGAGGGAUGAGAAGCAUAACGAGCUAGCCGAGUCGUUGAAGAGGAGCGUCACGAUCGUGUUCUGGUAUAAGGCGAACGUACAACCGCUCCGACUGCGGGUGGAUAUUGCAACGUUUCCGCUCCUACGCCUUUCUGAGGUCGAGCCCAUCGUCGAUGCCUAUCACCUCGCUCCCAACACCUAUGUUGAUGUUUACAACCCCCACGCACGUGCAUGGGAGCAAGAGCAACUCUGUGCUGUGCGCUCGGUUGAGAGCCAGCAGAGGGUACUCUAUCGCAUGCGCCGCGACCUAAUCGUCGGCCUGGAAGACUGCGAGUGCCUAGGGUUGGAAGCAGAACUCCGUCUACAAGAGGAACGUGUCUCGGCCCCCGCCUUACCACUGCUCUACCAGCCAGUAGACUCGGUGGGUCAGAAGAAGCGGUCGGCCGAUGAGGGGCUAUCACCGCCAUCGAGCAAGCAUCAUCGGUCCCAUUCGUCGCAGAGCGGUUCGUCCACGUCUACGGCAGUGAACGCGCUCGCCUUCGAGGACGUUGGCUCUCCUAUGUUCUCCAGGCACGUCGUACCCGACUCGGAGACGCAAGUGGAUUCGUCUCAGAUGCCUAUGUAUGCCUCACCUUUCAGUAUCGCGUCUCUCCAUUCUGUUACUUCUGCCACGACUUCAACUACGUCCCAGCUCAAUCAGGACUAUCACUACACUCCUCAUACGCCAAUCAGCCCGAUACAGCACGCGCGUUCAACUCACAACAACUCUGCAAUGCCAUUGAGGACGAAUGGGCCCGUUCCUAUCUCGUCGGACUCUUCGCUGGCUAUGGCGGUCACCCCGCCUACUCCUACUCUCUCGAUUCAGGCUUCGCCCAUAUCCCCGACGCGCGCAUCAUACUCCCGACUUCCUUACCCUCAAGCCGCCUCGAACCCCACCCCAUCGCCCACGCCGAAAUCUACCCCGCUCCCGUCCCCCGUCACACUCCCAGCCGCGAAUCAGGACCGCGAGCCCACCCCCACCGCGCAAGCCAACGGCGACGGCACCGGGCCAGGGAGCACCGCCGGCGGCGGCGCGGCGAAAGCGUGGCCGUUCGGCAAGUACGUGUGCGAGAUCGACGCGGGCCUGACGGAGAUGGAGGAGCUCAUGCAGCGCGAGCCGGCGCUCACGCAGCGCGGCGCGUUCGAGCGCGUGUUCAAGGCGGCGUACAAGAAGUCGACGUUCUGCAACCACCGGCGGGUGUGGAAGAACGCGCCGCAGGACGCGCUCGACGAGUGGCGCGCGGCGGGGCGCGCGGAGAGCGCGCUGUGGAACGAGUUCGUGCGCGCGCUCGAGGGGAAGGAGCCGAAGCGGCCGGCGGGGCUCGCGGGGAACGGGGGAGGGCAGGGACUGGGGAGGGGGGUUGCGUUCGCGCAGAGCCAGGCGGCGUUUGGGUCGCCGCAGGGCGGGUUGGUGCAUCUGGGGAUGGGGCCUGCGCAGGGGAUGAGGAUGCAGCAGCAUUCGCAGGGGCUGGGGAUGAGGCGGGAGGAGCCUAUGGGGUCGUUGAGGCCCCCGGAGGGGAGAGGGUAUCUUGGUGAGUGGUUCGGGACAUGUUUUGGUGGGUUUGGCUAA